UUGGGAAGAUGAAAUUAAUACUUAUAAUUGCAUUGGUCUACAUGGGAACUGGGCGCAACUGUUCUAGUUAUAUCUUAUUUCAAGACAGCACUGGAAAAAUAUCUAGCCCUGUCCAAGAUUCACAACUGAAAGAAUUGGUUGCAAAGUUAUCGGCACAAAAUCUGAACCUGGAGACUCUAUUCAACCAACCACUAAACCAACUAAGAGAAGAGGUGAAACUGGACCAACUCCCAACCAACUAUUCUGAUAUACAAACAAAUGUGCAGACUUUUAAGGACGGAAAGAAAAUUGUCACCAAAACCAAGAUUGAAAAAUCAAAAGUUGAUCUCAUAGCAAAAUCUCUGGUAGAGAAAAAUGAGAUUAUGGGGAAUGGAACAAACAAAUUCCAGAUGAUUGAAACCUUCAACAUACAGCCAUGAUGGGAGUUGCUCAAAUAAAUACAGGCUACAGGACUGGUCUUAUAAUUAAGUUGCAAAGCACUAAGCUAUUUAAAAGACCCUUUGAUAGGCAGGGCUUGAGUCCACUUGUCAUUUGCCAGUCACUUUUGAUAUGAACCAGUUGAUUUUUUCAGUAGGUUUAGGAAAAUAACAUGACAGCUGGUCCAUGCCAUUAUGGCCAGGUGCUUUAAGAACCUUAGCUCAAGCCCUGUUGACAAG